CCGCCUGGACCUAAAUCUACUUCUGACUGGUUACAGGCAGCUAAGUUUAGAUCUAUAUUGUUUUUUUAUAAGUUCAAUCACCGAGGACGUAAAGGCAGUUCUUUCAAGCACAUGCCUGAUGAGAGAGCUUGAUAAACCUGAAAAUGUUUGGUGCCAACAAGUCUGCAGCAUUUAGUAGUUUCGGAACCUCAAUGUCCUCCUUUGGAAACUUUGGCUCAUCUGCUGGAGGAUUUGGAAGCGGCAGUACCUUUGGCUCUACGGCCCCUGCCGGCUCUGGCUUGUUUGGCGGGGGUGGGGCCAGCGGGUCGACAGGAGCUACUGGUGGGGGGCUUUUUGGAGGCCAGACCAACACAGGCUUUGGGCAACCGCAGAGCGGUGGAGGCUUUUCAGCCUUUGGAGGAACACCAAACACCUCUGGUGGCCUAUUUGGCAGCAACACCAGUCAAGCCAAUACAGGUGGAAGCUCCCUGUUUUCUUCACCAGCCACAAGUGGAGGUUUUGGAGGUCAAAAGCCUGCGUUUUCUGGUUUUGGAGGCACCACCAAUCAAGCCAGUACUGGGGGUUUGUUUGGUGCCGGCGGCGGUACCACCACAGGCACACCCUCCCUCUUUGGCCAAGCCUCUGCCUCUGGAGCCUUCGGCAAUGCCGGGGUGGCGUCAGGUGGCACCACUGUGCCAUUCGCCGCCCCCACUGGACAGGACACCAUGAUGAAGAAUGGUGUGACCACCAACAUCAACACCAAGCAUCAGUGUGUCACUGCGAUGAAGGAGUAUGAAAGCAAAAGUUUAGAGGAACUGAGAGCAGAGGACUACACAGCUAACCGCAAGUCUAAACAAGCUCCCUCUGCCAGCAGUGGACUUUUUGGACAAACCCCUGCCAUGUCAGGAGGGGGCUUUGUCUUUGGGACUGGUGGUGGUGGUCUCGGAGGCAGCAAUCUGCAAAGUGGGACAAGCGCAGGUUUUGGGGGUUUUGGCAGCACGAGUUCAGCUGCCACCACGCCCUUCAAUCAGAACCGGCCUUUGUUUGGCACCAGUACAACAACACAGUCUGGCUUUGGCUUUGGCACCGCCACAGGAACCCAGCAAUCCUCUUCGUUGUUUGGAAACACUGCUAGGCCUUUGUUUGGCGGCACAGCAUCCACCCAGCCCUCGCUCACAGGCGGCACAUCCUUCUUUGGGGCGUCAGCGGCUGGGACCAGUAACCCUGUGGGAUUUGGAGCUAACACCGGAAGCAACCUAUUUGGAGCAAAGCCUGGUGGGUUUGGAACUGCCACGACCUCAAGUCUCGGAUUUGGUUCAGGGGGUAACAUGUUUGCCAAGCCUACAACCACAGCCUCUUCAUUUGGCUUUGGAACCAAUACAAGCACUUCAGGUUUUGGAGGCACUUCUGGAGGGUUGUUUGGUAUGAAGUCAGGAGGAUUUGGUGGUGCUUCUACCGGUCUUGGUAGUGGUACUUCCUUUGGCUUUGGUUCUGGGCUUGGCACUAACUCCACUGCGAGCACAUUUGGGACCAACGCUGCUAAGCCUGGAUUAGGUGCCUUCAGCUUUGGAACUGGAACUACUGGAACUGCAGGCUUUGGUAGCACUCUUGGAGGAGCUGCAGGUGCUGGGACCUUCAACCUAGGGGGAGGCGCCACCACGCUGGGAACGUCAACAGCAUCUUCUCAAGCCAACAGUACGCAACAUCUUCUGGCUUUGGCAUCAUCUCCAUAUGGGGACAACCCUUUGUUUUGGAAUGUCAAACAGCAAAAUAAGGAAAAACGGGAAGAUGUCCUGAAGCCAACGAACCCAAAUGCUCAGAAGGCGGUAUUGUCAUCUGCCAAUCAGUACAAAGUCAGUCCCCGUCCUUCCACAAGAAUCAAACCGAAGUCCUUGCACAACCUUAUUAAUGGAGGAAAGACGCAGCUUUUUGAAGGACUUGAGGAAGAAGAUUUCAGUUUUGGUGAUGACACGUUUGUGCCUCGCAAGAGUGUCAAGAAGCUCGUUUUGCGUAAAGGCGCUGGCAACAAGUCCACAUCGGCCUCCAGCUCAUUCUACAGUGACACAGCAGGGGACAACACUCUCCAGUUCAACGGCAACAGCAAUCGCAGCAAUCAGAUGCCCUCGCUUAUCACAAAGCCUCUAAGCCCCUCUGAGAGAGUAGACACAACAAUUGAGAAUGAAGCAGAGGCCAUUGUGCAUGAUCAAGACAGGACUCCGGUUCAUAGAUCCCCUCCUAAAAUAUCAUCUCUUGAAGACAGCAUCGUUGCUCUGAACCAGAAGGGACCAGCCGUAGCAAUCAACACAAGUCGCACUCCAGAGGCCAACAACCGGCUUGGUGCAGCGGACACGACCUCUUUCCUGGAUACCUCAGAUCUUGACGGGAGCUGUUGGGUUGUGGACAGCAGCUCCCCUCACCCAACUGGCGUGGUUCUGACGCGGCCCGGCUACUACACGAUCCCGAGCCUGGAUGAGAUGAUUGACCUCAUGGACGAGAACGGCAAUGUGUUUGUGGAGGACUUCACCGUAGGCCGUGUCGGUUUCGGCAACGUAUUCUUCCCUGGUACCACAAACGUCGCUGGCAUGAACCUGGAUGAUACUGUGCAUUUCCGACGCAAAGAAGUUGUUGUCUACCCAGAUGAUGACAAGAAGCCUCCUCUGGGUGAAGGUCUCAACAAGAAAGCAGAGGUCACACUGGACUGUGUGUGGCCCACCGACAAGUCGACACGCACUCCCAUCAAGAGUCCAGAAAGACUAAAAGUACUGAGCUAUGCGGAUAAAAUUGAAGAAACAACUGCCAAAAUUGGUGCAAAGUUCAUCGACUACAGACCAGAAACAGGAUCUUGGGUUUUCCAGGUGAACCACUUCUCCAAAUACGGGCUGCUGGACGACUCGGAUGAAGAUGAGCUCACUGAGCAACAGAAAAAGCUGCUGGCCGGUCAGCACGUGAAGGAAGUCAUCCUUGUACAGAAACUGAAGAUCCAAGCCCAGCAACAGCUUCAGCAGAAAGAACUGGCCAAGAAAGGGAAGUUAGCUGCUGAUCAAGGCCUGACCCCUGAAGGCAUGCAGGAGGCUGCGCAGAGGGAGAAAGAAGAGGAGAUGCAGAGAGAGGAAUAUGAGGAGGAGGACGGUCUAGAGGAAGAAGAUAGUUAUGAUAUGUUGGACGCUGAGGAUAUGCAGCUUAAAAAACGUUUUCAGGAUGAAGGUACUUUGCCGUCUUUAGGUCUUAAUUUUGGCUUUGUGUACGUUUUUAUGCCCCCCCAAAAAAAAAAGAAACUGAAGAUCCAAGCCCAGCAACAGCUUCAGCAGAAAGAACUGGCCAAGAAAGGGAAGUUAGCUGCUGAUCAAGGCCUGACCCCUGAAGGCAUGCAGGAGGCUGCGCAGAGGGAGAAAGAAGAGGAGAUGCAGAGAGAGGAAUAUGAGGAGGAGGACGGUCUAGAGGAAGAAGAUAGUUAUGAUAUGUUGGACGCUGAGGAUAUGCAGCUUAAAAAACGUUUUCAGGAUGAAGGAAUGGACACGAGUGUGGACUCCAAGUACCUGGCAACUUCCAUGGGGGUCAGUGCCCGCACCAUCCAGGGCAUGAAGGCGUCCUUCUUCGGAGACGAUGGCCUGGGAGGCAUGCCAGUCAAGGCGAAAAAGAAAGAAGCUGUGGAGAAAGGAGACAUGGACAUCUUCGAAGACUUGCAGUCAAUGUGGAAAAAGUCAAGUGACAAAACGAGCUCAAAUCUCUUUGGGGCCUUCAAACACCCGGCCUCACUUUCCUUGCCACAGUCCCCUGCUUUCUCUGACAGCAAAGACUCCUAUGGAAAGGAGGGCUAUGAGCCUGUUAGCUUUCCCAAAGCUGGUCUGUUUGACAUGGGCGUGUCGAAAGACGUGCUGCGGCCCACCCCCCAGACGUUCCUCCACCCACCGGUCAUGGAGCACAAACUGAUAUCCAGCGGCCUCAGGCCGGAGGACGCGCCACCUCGCAUCCUCGGCACACGCGUGCGGCACAGCAUCGUGCACCCGCGCGACUCAGUGCUGUACCGCAACCAGCAGUCCCUUGUGGACGCCGCCUGCUUCACGGGCCGCUCAUUCCGCGUGGGCUGGGGUCCCUCGUGGUCGUUUGUACAUACUGGAUUUGCUGUUGGGUUACAAGAUGAAGAGAGUGCGGAGGUGUCCAUCCUCCCAUCUCUGCGCGGUCGGGUGAAGUCGCUGCCACGGCUCAAGAGCUGGCAAGCAGUCAUGGAGAAGCUUCAGGUGUAUGACUACAUGGAUCAGCGGAGCCAUGCUGUGUUGAAGCAGCAGGAAGAGCUCCUGGAGGUGCAGCUGGACCACAGCCUCAUGGAGGUGGAGGAUGGUGCUCCUCUGAUGGUGCCGGAGCCGGGCGUGGACGCUCUACACAAGCUGGUCCGGGCCGUGGAGGAAGGCAAGGUGGACCUAGCUUCUAGCCUAGACGGCCCCGUGCAGGAACAAAUGAGGAUGGUUUUGGGACUGUGUGUAGCCCUCUGGGGAAAUUUGCCAGAUGCGGCAGAUUUAGACAAAGACGACCUUUACGUGAGGCGGCAGCUGCGCCGAGAAGCUGUGUCCCAGUGGCUAUCGGAGACCAGCUCGAGCAGAGUUGCCUCAGAGAUGGAGGCUGCUCCCAUCAUUAGUCCAGAGGAUUGCCUCGGUGCCGUGUUCUCCAAGCUGACAGUGAGGGAGAUCUCCGAGGCCUGCUUGUUGGCCCAACGCGGCCGAGACCACCGCAUGUCCCUUCUGAUGGCCCAGGCCAUGACAGGCCAAGCUUUUAGGCAGUUGAUGGCCGCACAGCUCGACAAGUGGGCAGAGCUCAAUGCAUGCCAGUUUGUGAAAGAGCUGCGAAUGAAAAUCUACUGCCUACUGGCCGGUGAGCUUGUCUGGGCUACAAAGGACCUGACAGUCAACACCUGCAAGGGACUGGAUUGGAAAAGAGCCUUGGCUUUGCACCUCUGGUACAAAUGCCUUCCCGGUGAAUCGAUCCAGCAGGCACUGGCGCAAUACCAGAAAGGUUUCCGAGGCUCGAAGGAGAGCCAGGCGUACUGCGCUGCUCCUGUGCCUCCUUACCUGGAGGGAGAGAAUCUCGGGGAUGAGGAGAUCUUCGACACGGCCUAUCACUUACUGUGUUUGUUCUCCGAUAAGAAGUACCCCCUGGAAGCCGUUCUGUCCCCGUCCUCGUCCACCGCUUCACAUCUGGACUUCCGCCUUAGUUGGCACCUGUUGCAGACGCUGGAGUCACUGGGCUACCGCCACCUGUCCCCACAGUGUCGUGACACCAUCCACGUCAGUUUUGCCUCGCAGCUGGAAGCCCAGGGCCUGUGGCAGUGGGCGGCCUUUGUCCUGCUUCACAUCCCCUCGGCCGUGCAGCGGCAGAAGGCAGUGCAGAGUCUGCUGCAGCGCCAUCUGGGCAUCGGAGAAGAGAUGACGGAGAGGGAGCGAUUCUUGUUGGACAAGCUGCACAUCCCAGCCCAGUGGCUGCACCAGGCUAAGGCUAUCCGGGCUGGUCUUGAGAGUAACCGUGCAGCAGAAGCCCGACACUGGCUUCUGGCGGGUCAGUACGACAAGGCACACACCAUUGUGAUCAGACACAUUGCUGCCGAUGCCAUCAUCAAUGAUGAUUACAACUACCUGCGUAGCUUCCUUGAGAAAAUGGCCCUGCCUGAACACAGUCUCAGUAUCCUCAACUGGGCCAGCAGUGGCAAAGUUUUCCUUGACUUCAUCAACAUCCGAGAGCGACUGGAGCUACUCAAGCAGCAAGAGCCAACACCGUAUGAUCUGGAAGAGCUGGAGCCAGAAGUGCGUUCCUUGUGCUCCCGUGUAAAGUCCCUGACUUGCCUCAACGCUAAGGACCGACUGUGCCAAGCAGAGAUGUCCAAGACAGCUGCCAGCGUGCUCCGCACCUUCCGCGACCUACAGGGGAAGCUUUCUGUCAGGUUUCUGACUGAGCACAUUCCUGAUUUGCCAAUGCCGGAGGACUAUAAACUGCAAGAACUGCGAGCCAUCACUCAAGCUCGUGUGCUGGAGUUGGCGUAGAACAAGUCACACAUGUCACAAAAGCAAUGAAUCUGGAUGACAGACAACAGCGAUGCUUUUAAUGAACACCCCUGCGUUGACUCCCUGUACUCGACCACUGGCGAUUUUGUUGUCUGGGUAGUUUUAUAAGCUAAGUGCUGUCGGUUCAAUCUGUUGUAAGCUGGGUAUGAUUGUGAGAUGGUGACACAUUCUCCACGGAACCUGGACGUACUGUUAGCUCAGUUUCAUGCCCCACUGUCCUCUGUACCUGUCUCGUUGAGGAGAGAUUGCCAAAUCUGGCAGUCUAGUUCGAACAAUGCUGUCUUCAUUCAAGAGUGCCUGUCGGAGAAAGCUGUUCAAGCUGACAUUCUGAUGCCAGAUUCUCCUCAGAUCAGUGUUUCCUGACUUUGAUGGAGACACUGAACCCCACAAUUAUUAUCUGUGCAUUCACCGAACUCUCCUAGUGAGGUGAAAAGAGCAGGGACACACACAGUGUGUGUGUUUUAGCCUCCUCAGAGCGUCUGAGACUGGCCCACCGAACCCAAGAGGUUGGACCAAACCCUGGUGAGGAACCAGUGUCAUAGACUGGGAGUUUUUGGGGAUUGCUAAAUGCUGACAAACUAGAUGUGAUAGGGCUGUACUGCCAUAAGCGGACAAAAAACCCUUUUUUUAAAAUUCACUGCAGUUUCAAGAGAAAGGUUUUUUGUCAGCGUGACCAUUUAAAAUAGAUGGGAUUUUUUUCAAAAUUUGAAUUAAGUUAUUUUUAAAAACUAGCCAGUUUCGCUUUGAUUUUUUCAAGCUUUCAAUUUAGCACACCCCCCCCCCCCCCAAAAAAAAAUGGCAGCAAAACGGGGGGGGAAAAUGUGUUUUGUGAGCUUACGACGGUAUAGGUUAGCCCAGUGCUUGCUGCCAAACUACAAAAUUUUGUAUGGUUGAAGAAGACCUUCCCUGCCUGAUGACACUCUUUAUGUGUUCUGAAGUUUCAUGUGUUGAUUUCUAUAUUACUCACCCUGCCAAACAAAAAAAA